UUCCCACGUUCUGCCCAAGCCCUGGGUCACGUGGCGAGGGAGCGGCCCCGCCCCCAUCCGCCGGAGUCCGCGCCGGAACGAAGCCUCCUGAGUGCGCCUGCGCGGCCCGGGCCCGAUCGCUGCUGCCGGGCUCAGGCUGCCCCACGCGGCUCGCGCCGCCGCCGGAAUGCUUUUCUAUUCAUUCUUCAAAUCCCUGGUGGGGAAGGACGUGGUGGUGGAGUUGAAAAACGAUUUGAGUAUCUGUGGGACCCUCCAUUCCGUGGAUCAGUACUUGAACAUCAAGCUGACUGACAUCAGUGUGACGGAUCCGGAGAAGUACCCCCACAUGCUGUCGGUGAAGAACUGCUUUAUCCGGCUCGUGGUGCGCUACGUGCAGCUGCCGGCGGACGAGGUGGACACGCAGCUGCUCCAGGACGCCGCGCGCAAGGAGGCCUGCAGCAGAAGCAGUGAUUUCCCCCCCCCCGCACAACACGCCCCCCCCCGCUGCAGGGGUGCUGGGUGGACCUCCCCUGCUCGGCAGCUCCUGCUACUAGACCAUGGGGCAACUGGUGCUCCCGGAUGCCUGGGUCCGUGGCUGCUCCCCCUCCUGGCUGGGAGCAGACCUGAUCGCGGUCCAGGAGCACGGACGCCUGGGUCCACUCUGCUCCCUCCAUGCUCUGGGAGUAGGAGCUGAGCCCCUAUCCAGGAGCCCAGAUGCCUGGGUUCUUCAUUUUCAUCCUAUGCAAGCCCCAGGCCUCCGGACUCCUGGGUUCUUCUCCGCUUUUGCUCAGGAGGGAACAGAAGAGCGGAGGGGAACCCAGGCACCUGGGGCCCUGCAUGGGGGCUCAGCUUCUACUCAAGAGAAUUGGGUGGGGGCUGUGCCCUUUCUAGGGCCCCGGAUGCCUGCGUUCAAUCCCCCUGCCCCCAGUAUCCCCAGAUCUAGGACACCUGGAUUCUGUGUGCUCCCUGAGCUGCUUAUCUCCCUGGGAUGAAUACGGGGCGGUUCCUAGGUUUGUUGUGUCCCUCCCGCUUGGGGAAAAGAUUUGGGGGGGGUCCCUUUAGUUCCGGUUGAAUCUCUCCACGCCCCUCUUUCACCUCCGGGCUAUGGCCAGUUAAGCCUCAUUUUUAUUUUUAAACUCUAAUUUCUCCCUGCUCUUUAUAGAGGGUGUUUAGUCCCCCCCCCCCCAUCUUGGGCAGGAGCAGGACUGAGCUUCUGGGUGCCGU